ACAACUCUCUCUCUCUCUCUCUCUCUCUCUCUCUCUCUCUCUCUCUCUCUCUCUCUCUCUCUUCUCUUCACGAUGGCAACACUUUACAGUAGAAUCGCCAUGACUUAUGUUGUCAUUUUGUUCUUUACCUAUGUAUCAACAGGGGUUGCUGCACUUGGGAUCAAUUAUGGGCAAGUCGGCAACAAUUUACCCCCGCCGGAGAGAGUUCUCGAGCUCCUAAGAUCCUUAAAGGUCACGAAAUCAAGAAUCUACGACACCAAUCCAGAAAUCCUAACGGCAUUCGCGAAUUCCAACGUCGAGCUCAUUGUGACCGUCGAGAAUGAUAUGAUAAGCCAGCUGAAGGAUCCCCAACAAGCCUUGCAGUGGGUGAGCGCCCACAUCAAGCCUUACUUCCCUGCCACGCGGAUCACCGGAAUCCAAGUCGGCAAUGAGGUCUUAACCGACCCGGACCCCACGCUCAUGGCCAAUCUCGUGCCGGCAAUGGCUGGCAUCCACGGAGCUCUAGCCCAACUAGGGCUAGAUUCCCAAAUCCAAGUCUCCUCCCCCAAUUCCUUGGCGGUCCUCGCCCAGUCAUUCCCUCCUUCGGCUGGUACCUUCAAGAGCGAAGUCUAUAGCGUGGUCUAUCAAUACUUGCAAUUCUUAUCGACUACUGAGUCACCAUUUUGGAUCAAUGCCUAUCCAUAUUUCGCUUACAAGGAUGACCCAUCUUCGAUAUCCCUCGACUAUGUGCUUUUCAACCCAAACCCAGGCAUGGUGGAUCCAUACACAAAAUUGCGCUAUGACAACAUGUUGUAUGCGCAGGUGGAUGCGAUCACUUUCGCCAUGGCGAGAAUGGGUUUCGAAGGGAUCGAAGUUAGGGUUUCCGAGACCGGGUGGCCUUCGAAGGGCGACCCGAAUGAGGUCGGCGCGACCCUCGAGAAUGCCGCACUUUACAACAAGAACUUGUUACGGAGGCAGCUGAAGAAUGAAGGGACGCCAUUGAGGUCUAACAUGAGGCUCGACGUCUACGUGUUCGCCUUGUUCAAUGAGGACAUGAAGCCAGGGCCAACUUCUGAAAGGAACUACGGACUUUUCCAGCCAGAUGGGACAAUGGCUUACAAUGUUGGCCUCUCUGCUCUGUCUACCUCAUCGUCCACCUCCUCAGCCUCCAUUUCUCUCACUUCUUCCGCCACGAAGGGUGCACGUAAGGAAUAUCAAAGCUUGGUCUACUGGAUGUUUGUGUUUUUGCUGACUUGUCAAAUUUUAAUGCGAAGACAGUUUUAGAGCCGAUGGGGAGAUGUGUGUCAUUGUAUAUAGAUUGCUUUUGGUAAGAUUUACUGUAGGGUCUCUUCGUGCUCCAAAGUGUUACAUGGGUCGGUCCAUUUCGUCGGUCCAUGCAUCACAAUAUUCGGAAAAAAAAAAACAAUAGAUAACUCCGAUUAUAGGAGCUCAUAAUCGAAGAGGAUUCGAAUCCAGAGCAAUUCAUUGUGCUAUAUGAUCUUCAUUAAUCAUAUGAAAGAUUUAUUUUCCA